AACUGAACAACGGCAUUCCGAGCGGCGCCUGUUGAUGACGUCACACCACAACAACCCUACAAUCCAGCGUCGCGUGUCAGCUGUAGCUUCAGCUAAUCGUUUAGCCGUUAGUUGUUGCUAAAAUUAGCAGAUUUUCAGACAUGUUUGGAGAAACGUGAAGAAGAAGAGCCUGGAAGCUUCUUCUCAGCGGGUUCAGGAGGCACUCUGAAGGUCGUUGGCUCAAAGGUUACAGCAAGCCGCAGCAUUAUGGUGGACAUCUCUGUGAAAAGUGAAGCUACUUGGGUCUGUCACACUCAGGGGCGUCACCUGGCUGACGUCGUUCUUCCUGUUCACAUCAAUAACACGACCAAAGAAGAAGAUGAAGUCAGUGAGUUGGACAGAGAAGAAACUCAGUGUUGUGAUCCAGUGCUGCUAGAGCAGAUGGAGGAAGGCUCUCCUUGUGUCCUGAAGUUCCACUGCAACCCCAGCUUACCUGCCACCAUCAGCCGCCUGCUCGUUAUAAGUGAGGCUCGAACCAUGGAGGUGUACAGCCAGACCGGAGAGUACUCUGGGACUGUACGGGGAUCGAAGGACGACAGCAUCCAGCUAGACAGUGCUGACAGAGGGCCUUUCUAUAAGAAGCAGCUGAUCAUCGAGGAGCCAUCCUCUGCCUGUGAAGUGAAGUUACUCUCCCUGGCAGGUAGGAGCAGUGUCAUGGUGGCUAAAGUCAUCGUGAGCCUUCAGCUGCUGCAGUCCUGCCCAGCCCCAAACCCGGGCAUAGACAUGCAGCGAGUGCAGUGUCUGAUGGAGGAGAUGGGAACAAGCCUGUCGCCAGGAGCUCAGAAUCUCAUGGAAAUGGUGCAGUUCCAGCAGAAGAAUCAGACCGGCUCUCUGGCUGGUUUCCUGCCUCUCCUGAUGGGCAGUGGAGCUUUCUCUGGUUUGGGGAGAGAAGUCAGCAUGUGUCCAGGAGCUGGCAAUUUUCUGCCUCGACCUGCAGAAUUUAAGGUACAAAACCCAUUUGUGCUGUUCUUUGUUCUUAGAUUAGACCAUUUAAAAACUCGGCCCACACUGCACUUCCUGAAGGGACAGGGGGUCAACCAGGGGUUCGGCUCCAGUCCCGAGCUUCUGCCCAUGCUCCAGAACGUCUGCGGUCAGGUGACCCAGCUGAGACUGGAUGAUGCUGCAGCAGAGAAGGAGAAGAUGAUGAGAAACGGCACGUGGGAGUUGGACUCAGCUAUGGAGCGCCGUCUGGAGGAGAUGGAGAAGAGGCUGAAGGAGCACAUGGACCGCCGCUUGGAUGCUUUGGAGCAGAAGCUGGAGAAGGCCCUGCUGAGCGCUUUGCCGCUGGUCACCCUUAACCACGGAGCCAUGAGCAGCUCAGCACGAGGAGCAGCAGAUACCGGACCGGCGGAGCAGAUCGCCCCGACGCCAGCCAUGCAUUGAGUCCAGAAGCACUAAAAAGACUAACAUCGAACCCCGGAAGCCUUAACUCUCUUCUUCAUCGUCCUCAAACCAGACCCGAGCGUCGGAUGGAAGCAGGCCGGGACAGAAACACCAACAAAGACGGAGCAAUAAAACUAGAAGCCUGAAAUAUGAGGUUAACAUGUAAAACCAGCAGUGUUGCUGUAAGUUCAUAUUCUGUAGAAAUGUUAUCUCCUGUAAACAAAACAAGUGACUGUCUCGUCAGCGCGACUACAAUGGCUGCACUGCAUUUUGAACAACAUGAGACGUGUACAGGAAGAGGACGAGACUCUUUCAAAAAAGUGUUGAUGUGCAGCAGAGCUGACUUACAUUAAGUGUUCAGCUGAAAUGAAACCCACUUAUCUCUCCCUGCUCUUCUUUUCUCCUCUGUAUAUGCACUGAAACUCAUCAUUGUACCAGUUAUUUAAACAGUUAAUGGUUUGGUCUUUGAACGGCACUAAAACAAAGUCAUCUUCAAAAGUCUCGGUUUGUCUAAUCAGCUGUUCACAUGUCAGAGAACAUUACACGGUUUACGUUAGAAACGACUAAACUGACGCAGCUCUAAACGACACUGAUGUGAUGUGAAGGCUUUUCGGGCCUGACCUGCUCGGCUUGGUUUGUUUUAAAACUUGCUCCAGUUAAGGCGACUAAAUCGAACGUGUAACUGUAUUUUAAUACGGCACUGUAAUGUUUUAAGUACUGUACAUGUUUGUAAACUAUUAAAACGGCUGUGCUGACCUGUGAUGUUUACCUGUACUGAUGUGAGUCAAAGUAAAUGUAUUUAUACAGCUUAAUAAAGUUUUUAAACGUUG